AUGCCACGCCGGCGCAUGCCACCCGGGCACAGAAGCCGCUCGCAGGCGGUGCCGCCGGUUCCUUCACCCUUUAUCAAGGAUGAGAUGAUGUCCGACAUCCAGACUAUCCCAGACGUCAGCGACGAGGUCGAGGAACUACCAUUCCACUAUGAACACGACCCACAGCCUACUUAUAGCUCCCAUGAAAACUUCGAAAUGACCACGGAAAUCCAAGUCCGGGGCAUGGCUGCUCUAGAGGAAAUGGACCCGGAGAUCCAGCACCUCCGCGAGGAACUACACCACGUCAUGCGCGAACGACGAAUUGCCCACCUACGAAACCGGAUCAGACAAGAACGACAGCUACUAGCCGAGACGCGAGAAUUCGAUAUGGUACGAGACUACCAACGAUUCACCGGAGUCAAGCGACAACGCUCCGACUCGAUAUCGUCCGUUGUCUCGGUUCGACCCGCGAGACCACCUCUUGAAUACCGGUAUCGCGGGAGAAGUAUCCAGGAAUUCAAGACAUACAUGACCAAAAUGGAAGCACACUUUUACCACCACGCUGGUUAUUACGUGAACGACGUCCGAAAAGUACAAGAAGGCGUCAGCACGCUAUCGGAGGAAAUGCGGGAGCAAUGGGACGGUCACUCGGAUACCCUCAGGCCCGACCGCUACACGUGGCAGGAGUUUUAUGGAUUUUUUCUUGACCUGCUCCUGCGACAUCCCAAACGUCUGCAGGAAGCAGCGUCCAAAUUUCAGUCUGCGCGGCAACGAAGAGGCCAAUCCGUGAGGGAUUUUGCGCACUACCUCGCCCGACUAGAAGCAGAAUACCCAGGCCGGUUUGCCGAGUGGCAAAAGAUUGAGUACAUACGCAGUCGCGUGCUAGAGGAGAUUGGCCGUGAAUCGAGGACAUAUUCACGUGAGCCGAGAACAUAUGAGGCGUUUGUCUCGCAUCUUGUCAUGGUUGAAAUCACCAUUCCAGAAAGGAGAGCUGUUCUUCGGAGAAAGCUGGCACAUCCUGAUCAUCUCUAG